CCGAUAUUCAUGGAAAGUGCAAUUAGUUUCUGGGAUUAAAGCACGAGCGUCUGCCCCUCAACACCUCGUUUCUGCCCCUCCUCUCUGAUCAGUGAGGUCACGAUUUCUGUUUCAAGAAUUGGCCACACACAUUCUCCACUUCUCUCAAAUCUAAACCGCCUUUCGUUCGCAAAAAUGCCUUAUCCCGAGACGACUGACGCUUUCGUUGUCACUGAUAUCAAGAAGUGGAGCGAUUUUAAGCGACAAGAAGUCCCACUUAAGAAGUUUGAAGAUGAUGAUGUGGAUAUUGCCGUAGACGCUUGUGGUGUUUGUGCAUCUGAUGUUCACACCAUUACUGGCGGCUGGGGGGAGGAGAUUCCACUCCCGCUUUGCGUAGGACAUGAAAUAAUUGGCAGGGCUAUUAAGAUCGGACCCAAGGUCAAGGGAAUUAAAGUUGGAGAUCGAGUGGGUGUUGGUGCUCAGAUUAGUGCCGAUCUCACAUGCGGCAAUUGCAAGGCAAACAAUGAGAACUACUGCCCAAACCAGAUCGACACGUAUGGAGCUUCAUAUCCUGACGGAACGAUUUCUCAGGGUGGCUACUCGAGUCAUGUGCGAGCGCACCAGUACUUCACAUUCAAGAUUCCGGAUGCGCUGGACACUGCUCUUGCAGCACCUAUGCUAUGCGCUGGCUUAACAUCAUAUAGCCCGCUCAAGAGAUUAGGAGCUGGUCCCGGUAAGAAGGUGGCUAUAUUAGGACUAGGGGGGUUAGGCCACUUCGGUGUUCUCUUCUCCGUCGCUCUGGGCGCCGAAACAUACGUUAUCUCGCACUCUCCUAACAAGAGGGAAGAUGCUCUCAAAAUGGGUGCCAAAGACUUCAUCGUCACCAAGGAGAAGAACUGGGCCGAGCCAUGGAAAUUCACUUUCGAUUUUAUCAUCAACACCGCCGACGCAACAGAUCGCUUCAAUCUCCCAGACUACUUCUCUACACUGAAGGUCAACGGCACGUUCCAUAUGGUUGGCUUCCCAGAUAAGCCACUUCCUACCAUGAUGGCUCAGGAUUUCGCUCCGACUGGUUGCUAUAUUGGUGCUAGCCAUAUCGGCAACCGCCCAGAGAUGGAGGAGAUGUUGGACCUAGCUGCGAAGCAGAAUAUCAAGAGCUGGGUUGAGACAAUUGACCUUAGUGAGAAGGGUUGCAAGGAGGCUGUAGAGAGGGUAUACAAGAACGACAAUGUGAAAUUCAGGUUCACAUUGGUCAAUUACGACAAAGUUUUUGGCAAGAGGGCAUAGAUGGUUACCUGCCUCUUUGCACCGGUAUUCGAAUAGCCAUGAUUACUAGGGGAAUGGUAAUAGACAAAAUGGGGAACUGGCCUUUGCAAUUGAUGUCUUGGUGACGGCUAUUCACCAAAUUUGUUUGCCUUCAUGCAGACUUAUCAUAGUUGAUAUCGUUCGGUUAUGUUAAAGGCUCUGCGAUAAAUUUGUAGGACCUUUUAUUCGGUCUUGCAUAACUAACAAUCUCCCUCUGUUAUCUUAAAGUAACGAUUAAGCGGGUCUAUAUAAUUGGAGUAGAACAUGAAUGAGUCAAAAACAG